AUGGAAGAAUCACCAAUAUUAUCAAUCAGUGCACUGGUAGUAGCUCAAAAUGACCCCGGAAUAAUCGCCGUCCCGAACGCUCGGAUCGAUGAUAAUAUAGACGCCAUCGAGAAGUGCCUCCGGCGUAGAAUGACGGCGUCUGUCGAAGAAAGACAGUUUUUGCGCGGCGAGUCCUCGGACGAGUUGAGAAGCCAAAUUGUUCAUGCUAUUGUUGACGGAUCCCGGGGAGUCCACGCUUCUGAUAGGCUCUGGUGGACCCAGUUUCAGAUCGAACUAAUACUUUCCCUGAGCGCCGAAAACGACGUGAGGGAGCGUCUAGCAAGGCCUCCACAGAGUCUAGAAGAAUUAUACGAAGCUACCUAUGAGCGGAUACAAACAGAGCCAGUUCCAGGGCCUGAGAUCGCACUACAAACAUUGAUGUGGGUGUUGUGUGCAUUCGAGCCAUGCUCACCCGACGAACUGUCAAACCUGGUCUUUCUGACCCUCCCCCACGAGGAAAAAAGGCUGGCGGGAAACGUUUUGCUCAAGUUGUGCCAUGGACUCCUUAUCAUAGACCGGCAGUCGGACGUUGUGCAGAUCGCGCAUCCGUCAGUGCGAGAUUUCCUCGAAAGGAGAUGUGCGCCCAUGGCUGCUGCACAUGCUCUGGUUGCUAAGAUUUGUCUUGCCUUCCUGGGUGGGCUGGACACUCUGGUGGAGGUCGACUUGGACGAUUAUGCCAGCAGGUAUCCGGUGUUGUUCUGGCCGCUGCAUGUACAGGCGUGCAUGGACCAGCAGGAGGACGCAGAGUUAUCGGAGCAGCUGAUAAGGUUCUUGAAUACACACUCUAAGGACUGGUACAACGCAUAUGCGGAUUUGUUUGAUACUUAUCGAAUACCAAAUUCGGAGCGCACCUUCGAGUACCGCAUGCCUGAGUCUGGAAAAACCCAUGAGGUUGAAAGGAGCAUGGGGGAGAUAUUGAUAGACUCCAUGGAAGAGCUCAAGUUUGACGAACUGACCCCGUGGCAUAUCGCCGCCGUGUAUGGAUUUGGAGAGCAGCUGGAGGCAUUAUGGGCACUGGAGCCGCCAAACAUCAAUGCCGUAAACAAGCAUGGGCAGACAAUGCUCUUCAUUGCGAGCAGCAACGGAUCAUUGUGGAUUGUCGAGACUCUUCUGAAGAAAGGUGCGGACCCCAAUGUACCAUGCGCCACUGCCGGGAUGACGGCCCUCGACUCUGCGGCUUUCCAUGGGCGAUAUGAGGUAGUGAAGCUUUUGCUGGAGUGUGGUGGCGACGUGGAGGGAGAAAGAGGGGAGAUCAGAAGCGUCGCUCUUUGCUGGGCGGCUGCGAAGGGUUUUUACAUGAUUGUGCAAUUGCUUCUGGGGGGUGGAGCGGAUCCAAAUGUUAGAUGCACGUAUAAGAAGUGGGGUGCCCUGUAUGCUGCUUCGAGUCUUGGGCAUUGUGAGGUGGUAAAGCUGCUUUUGGAGAACGGGGCGGAUGUUGGUGUUGAGAGUGGUGAUGAGGGGAGUGCUUUUGAUGUUGCGGUGAAGAAUGGACAGAGGGACGUGGUUAAGCUUUUGCGGGAUCACAUGGGGUUAAUAGGUACUGCGGGUGGCUAG